AGCCUCUUUCCCUUUUUUUUUUACUUUCUUUUUUCUUUCAAUUUUUUCUCGUUGUAAGAUUAAAACAUGGCGCACACACAUUCUCACGACGGCAGCGCGCCGCACUCUCACAAUGGCUUCUCAGCUCAAGAGCACGGCCACUCUCACGAAAUCCUCGACGGACCCGGCAGCUAUAUCGGACGGGAAAUGCCCAUUGUAGAGGGCCGCACCUGGGCUGAUCGUGCAUUCACAAUUGGAAUCGGCGGUCCCGUCGGCUCAGGCAAGACUGCUCUGAUGCUGGCCCUCUGCCUCGCCCUCAGAGAGAAAUACUCUCUCGCCGCCGUCACAAACGACAUCUUCACCAAAGAAGACGCCGAGUUUCUCACCCGCCACGCCGCUCUCCCCCCACAGCGCAUCCGUGCCAUCGAAACCGGAGGCUGUCCUCACGCCGCCGUCCGCGAAGACAUCUCCGCCAACCUCGCCGCCCUGGAAGACCUGCACGCCGAGUUCGAUUCCGAUCUGCUGCUUAUUGAAUCCGGCGGCGACAACCUAGCUGCAAACUACAGCCGCGAGCUGGCCGACUUCAUCAUCUACGUUAUCGACGUCAGCGGCGGCGACAAGGUGCCCCGGAAAGGAGGCCCCGGAAUCACGCAGAGUGACUUGCUGGUCGUGAACAAGACGGAUUUGGCCGAGGCUGUGGGCGCUGAUUUGGGAGUCAUGGAGAGGGACGCGAGGAAGAUGCGGGAAGGGGGACCGACGGUUUUCGCGCAGGUGAAGAAGGAUGUGGGCGUGGAUCACAUUGUUAAUCUUAUUCUGAGUGCGUGGAAGGCGAGCGGUGCUGAGGAGGAGAGGAGGAGUCGUGGAGGGCCGAGGCCGACGGAGGGUCUUGAGGCGUUGAAGAAGGAGGCUUAGGAGUCGUAAGAUGCUUGAAGAUGUGUGUAUAUGGGCGAGAAAGACUCGGGCAGUCUAUGAUACAUAGGAAGGAGCUUGUAAUUAUGACUCUACUAAUUACCCGCGGGAUGAAUUCAAGAGGGUCUUAAUUUCUACCAGUUGGAUAGCUACGAUGCACCGCCAUGUAUCUCCAAACGCUUGUUCCGCAAGCAUAUCAUGUCUGGAAUAGAAUACACAGCUAUCCCG